AUGUCUGUCAAGUACUCCUCCAGUCCAUAUUACAGUGAGAACGAUGGUCGAUAUGGUGAUAUUGCCUCCGCCACUUCUCUGCUUAGCAGCAAUCAGGUGGUCUUCUGUGUAAACCCGGUGCUUUUCCAAAACUGCGGUAUUCUACUGGAUACCCCAAGUGGACUGACAACAUCUGCGAUUAUGAAAUUACGACAGGAAUCUCCCAACAGUACAGCCAUCUCAUUAGCCAUGUGGACGGAUAUUGCGGUGAAUGUGAUUGGCAUGCGGGAGUCCGUGGCGUAUUCUGUAUUUGAUGUGGUGUAUGCCUUAACGGGUAGUUGUUUACAGGCCUCUUCCUAUGUAAAUGGAAGUACAACAAAUAAUAAAUCGUUAGCAGAGUGUCGUCAAGAUGGAAAUCGUGCACUUCUUAAGAAGAUGGGAGGAACUGUAGAUGAAUCUCGUUGGCCUGUUGCCUCCGCUUCUCGACAGGUAAGUUUACCAGCACUGACAAUCUUUCUUCUGGCACAACUUAUUCUGGAACACCCACCACGACCCAUGUUAGGCGAUAUUAGUCAAGAACAUGUGAUGAGUAGUGUACGGCAACAUUUACAUGAUUAUAUUUCUGCUGUAGCGAUUACUCGUCCUGGUCGUCUAACUAUAGCAGAUGCACAGGAACUUCGAAUUCUUCUUCGUGAGUUUGUAAAUGGUGUUGAACAGCCAUUUGGUACGAGUAUCAGUUUUCUCUGGCCACGAUCAGAGAGGACUAUUGAUAUCACCAUUUUAUCUCAAUUUAUACGUCCUAGAAUAGUACUAGCUAGUGAACUCUCUGCUAGUACGACAUCUUCACCAUUUAGUAAUAACGUUAUUGUAAAAGGUUUACGUGGAACUAUAUAUAUUCCACCAUAUCCAGUUAUGCCAAGCAAUAGUAUGAAAACCAUAGCUUCUUCUAGCUAUACUAUUGAAAAAUGUGCACAAUCUAGCUUUUAUAUUACAUCUGAUUUACCACAUACACGUCUUUCUCAACUUGUAAAUUGUACAGUGGCAUUAGGUCCAGUUGGUGGUAUUUUAUGCAUUGAUCGUUGUGAAAACAGCACCAUUUCUGCUUUAUGUGCUGCAGUUGUGGUGAGUCGAUGUAGAAAUAUUACAAUAUUUAUUUGCACCAAUACUCCUCCUGUGCUUUGUUUACAUGAGGGGGCCAAUACAUUAGAAAAUGUUCGCUUUGCCCCUUAUAAUUCCCACUACUCCACCUUAGAGGAACAUUUAGCCAGUUCCGGUGUUAAUCCUAAACUAAAUCUAUGGAAUGUUGGACUUCCCUCCACCCAGUAUGUUCUUCCCCCGGAUGAGUUCACACCAUUGUGUUUUCCAGUAGCUCCACAGACAAGUGCGGUGGUGACAACCCGCACAAAUCCCUGUCCACUACCGCGUGUGUACGCCGAGGCAUUAGAGAGACGUGUGCGGCGCUUUCAAGAGACAUCAAAACAAUUGCAUGAUGCCUAUCAGCGAUUAGAGGCGGAGGGGCGAAAAGAUUUAGCGGAUGAAUUGCGUGGAAAGGUGCAUACUAUGUUUAUUGAGUGGCUUCGUCGGGUUGGGCAGGAAAAGGGAUUGAUCAGUUUGCUUCUUCAAAGCACAGACGAUCGCUCUCCUAGUUAG